AUGUUCCGGAUCAAUCUUGAAUUUUCUCAAGUUUUCUUUGGGACGAAGGUAUGUUGGAUUCAUUUGCCACUCUACCGUGACAGAGUUGUAGAGUUGUGUCGUAAUUGGGGUACCAAAUCUGAUCCUCACUUUUCUGGUUAUCAUAACGGAAAUGAAUCUAAACCAGGAUACGGACACAUUGCAAUUACUAGCGACGAUGUUGAGAAGACCUGGUCGCUUUCAUCCAGGAUCCUGAUGGCUAUUGGAUCGGUCAGCGUCAAAUUUCAAGAACAAUCUUUUUCACAAAAGAAACCCAAUGAUAAUUAUCAUUUAUCAAUCAAUCACUUUUUCCAAUCUGUGUAA